GCGCAUGCGCACAUCGUGUUGCCUGACAGUGGUAAACAGACGUCAGAAGGGAGUCUUCGCCUCGAGUCAAAACAAAACAAAACAAGUCAAAAUCGGCAUAGAAGUGGACGACGGGAUAAAAUCUGUGAAUAUAAGUUUAACAAAUCUGACCAGUGGAGAAAGACUACUACUUGGAGGAAGUUUGUGAGGUGUUUUUCGAGUUUUUUCGCGGAAUGCAAACUCUGGAGUAGCAGGAGCUUAAGCGGCUAACAUUACCGCGGCUAUCGUGCUCUUUUCAAACUGCGGCGAUUGACGACCAAAAGCGCUGGGAAGAGGCCCCAAUUUACUUAACACUCUCACGAACACCGUAUACUUUUGAGACGUGGACACGGAGAAGAACCAAACAGAGGUCUUCAGUCGAAAUGCUUUUCUAAGUGCUUCUUGGCGCAUCGUGCCGCGGCAGAGUGGAGAAACAUGGCAGAUGGUGACAUGCGCCCGUUCGCAAUGUGGCGGAUUGUACAGACCUGAGACACGGACUGGUUAUGCGGACUACAUCGAAGAUUCAUACCUGUAUCUCUUGAGUAGAUAUUUACUUAUUUAUGAGGGUGCACUCAGGCUGAAUGCAACUGUUUUUAAAAUACUUUGUUUUUAGCUAAUUCAUGGGUUUCAUCUUAUGACAGUUGUUAUCCGUGGUUAUAGCACUGAAGCAAUUCACAUCAAAAUAUUAUAUCUUUUGAAUGGGGAAAGGUCCUCACUGGGUUCUUACAGUCCGUUAAAUCAGGAAGGACGUGUUUGUCUGAAACCCAUGAAUACACCAGACAUUUCAUAGUAACACAUUGCUAAUACCCGUUCUGCCCCAUCCAUACCACACUGUGGGUUUUCUUAUUUUUUCUUCGUGGAAUUUAAAGUUAAGUUACUGACAGACAGACCAGACAUAGAGUUGUUUACAAGUGGAGUCUGACUGGGGCACCCCUGAGAAGCUCCUUUGUAACAGUAGCCAGCUAAUCCUUGUUAGACCGCUCUGUACUGUACAAAUAUCCUACUUCUUAGUUUUUCUAGGGGGGGAAACUAAUCAUUUUUAGACAAAUUUUUUAACUAAAUUUUAUUGUUCAUUUAAUUCAACUUUGGAUAUUUUUUUUGGAUAUUCUUCUUUUUUCUGUAAGAAGUGGCAGUGGCUGACACUUUUACAUUCAUUUGAUGUGAGCCUAAACCAUCCAGAUGGGCGUUUCCAUAGUUGCUGUUUAUUUUAUUCAAACAAAGAGACUCUUACACUCUAUAUAGGAAGCUUUAUGAUAGUUACUAUUAAGGAGAUUAUUUGGGUUCCCUAAUCUCCAAUCUGAGGAUUAACCGGAGCGAUUGGUGUGGUCAGAUUAUUACGUCUCUUUUCGUGGACCCAUUGUUUACAUCCAUCACUAAACCAUACUUUUUUAUGCUCUUCAUAAUUAUAGGUACAUGUUUUGAGUGACUUCUACUUUUAAAUUAGGAGGAAUUAUAUUGGACUGUCAUGGAGGAGUCAAACACGCCCCAGAUUGACCCAGAUUUUGAGCCCCAAAGUAGACCACGGUCAUGCACGUGGCCACUACCCAGACCGGACAUCUCGGUGGUAAAAGCCGAAGGCACAGAAGGGAGUGAGUCCGCUACCGGUACCCCACCCGCGGAUGAGGACAAGCCUGAGGCACAGCAAAUCACACCUGAAUAUGAAAAGUCAGCGGUGGCAGCAGAGGGUGGGCUUGUGUCCAGCGCGGGAGGGGGCACAGCAACACCCCGAAAAGGGUCAUCACGCCGCAACGCGUGGGGAAACCAGAGCUACGCAGAUCUGAUUAGUCAGGCAAUUGAGAACUCACCUGAGAAGAGGCUUACCCUGGCCCAGAUCUAUGAGUGGAUGGUGAAAACAGUGCCUUAUUUUAGAGACAAAGGAGACAGCAAUAGCUCUGCAGGCUGGAAGAAUUCAAUCCGGCAUAAUUUAUCACUCCACAACAAGUUUUUGAGAGUGCACAAUGAGUCAACUGGAAAAAGCUCAUGGUGGAUGCUCAACCCAGAAGGAGGUAAAACUGGCAAAGCUCCUCGGCGCAGAGCAGCAUCCAUGGACAACAGCAGCAAGCUACUGAAGAGCCGCAUGCGUGCAAAGCAAACCAAGAAGCAGGCAGUUGCCUCAGGCUUGUCUAGUUCUGGGGCAACGCUGCAGACGGAGGGUAAUGGAGCCUCAGCACGAUCUGACAGUCCAAACUCCUCCCAACAGUUUUCCAAAUGGGGAGUGAACAGCAAUAGCCCAUCAUCCCGGGGCAGUCUGGACGAUGCAGACAUGUGGACCACCUUCAGACCCCGCACCAGCUCUAAUGCUAGCACACUGAGUGGCCGCCUGUCUCCCAUCGCACCAGGACAGGAAGAGGAUGAUAACCUGCCUGAUGACAGCCUUUUGGGGCGAUAUGCGACCCCGACUCUUACAGAGACCUUAAUGGAGGAAUUGGACCUGAUUGAUGGCCUUACUUUGAUGAGUGCUCAAGGAGGAGCCAGUCCCAGCACUGCCCCCCCUGCACCCCCCACGCCUCUGCCCUCUGCCUCCACUCUGUUGCCCCGGGGGUCUAGCUUCUCCUCAUUUCACCAGCGGCAAGCCUCCAGUCUCUCACAGGCCACCCCUCACAGCAAUACCUCUGUUGCAGUUUCCCAGUGUGGCCCCAGCAGCAAAGAGCCCUCAUUCAGCAACUCCCUGUUCAAUCCCUUGUCCAACUCUAUUCCCAGCUCAAUGUCCAGCUCCUCCCGAGGCAGUAAUCACUACAGUGGCCAUGUCCCAUCGAGUCUGGAGGCACUACUAACAUCAGACUCUCCCCCGCCUGCUGAGGUCCUCCUGUCUCAAGUGGACCCUCUCAUGCAGAGUCCUGGGGGUGUGGGGCUGAUGGGUCUGGGCUCAUCUAUGGUGGGGGUCCGGAACAAAGCCUCACUUGGGCCAUUGUUGAUGGGAAAGGGUUUGGAACCCAACACUGUGACCCCCAUGGCCCUUCAGAUGCAGUCACAAACACAUCACCUUCACCAACAGCAGCAGCACCACCAUCCUGCUAUAGGACUAAACAUGGCUAUGCUUUCAGGCCUGUCCCCAGAUACACCCCACCACUCAGGCCCUAAAGCGCAGCACAGUGGUGUAUCUGCAGUGGGUUCUCAUCAUCAGGGUGCUGUCCCUACAGCUAAUCCAAACAUGGGCCUACAGGGGAUGGGUCAGUUUGGUGCACCCACCUGCUUCCAGAACGCACCAGAUCGACUGCCAACAGACUUGGACAUUGACAUGUUCACCGAAAACCUGGAUUGUGAUGUGGACUACAUCAUCAACACUGACCUCAUGGAUGGCAUUGACUUCAACUUUGACCCCAUUCUCCCAGAGACCCAAGGCUACACAGGGCCUGCCUCCACACAGGGCUCCUCCCACAACUGGGUGCCCAGCUAAGUCUUCAUCAGGUUGCACCUACAAGCCAGGCAAUGAUCUUCAUUUAUAAUGUCAGAUAAUGACAACAUAAAUGGUGCAUUGAUCAUCCCCACUGGCUGAAGAUAUCUUCAACAAAGUCAGACCUCACCAUUGCCAUGUGCCAAGACAUGCAGAAGACAGGGAGGAGUCCCAAGCUUCUCUGCAUAAUGUCUUAGUAUUUGGAUUGGCACCUGGACAUCUCUUCUUUUGUAAUCUAUUUUACAUUUUGUCUAAAGUAGACAAAGACAAAUUGACUCUGUCUUUUGGGGGUUAGGCACUUCCAUGGUAUUGAACCCUAAAAGCUUUACAGAAGAAAUGGUACCUCUGAAUCCAUGGUUGUACACGGCAUGGAAGUGGCUUGUUUUCUGUUAAGUUGAAUUAUUGAUCAAAAGCAGAAUGACCGCAAUGCUUCACUUCCUUUGUCCAAAGAUAUUUCAUUGAUGUCACAAGUGAAGAUCGUGGUGGUCCAUAGACUGUGAUGAGACAGUCAGAGGCAUUUACCUGCAAUAUAGCAGUGGCUACAAAUCUCUGUCCAUAUGGAAUUUGAUGUGUGAUUUGAUUUUUUUUUCUGAUGAUAAGGUUUAAAAUAGUACAUUUAAAGGUCCUGUAUUAUGUUAAACAGACUUUUUGAGCAUUUAGUACUCACCAUGAUCAUUUAGAUUGUCCCUGAGCUUCAAAAGCUCUGUUCCGCUGGUUUACAUAAUAGUCUAUGUAACCUGGUGUAAAUUGUGCGCCUGUAUGUUUUGUUCUCACUCACCUCAUCAAUCUCAGAUGGAUCUAAUAAGCUAAUUUGUAGCUUAUGACUAAUGUUUUUAUCUCAUGUAGUCUCAUUGGCCAAAAAACAACUGAUGUUGAUAGUUAAUUGUUAUUGGUAAAUAUUUCUCGAUCAUGUUAUUAAACAUGAAAUAGCCACGUGUCUAAAUUUGUCUAAAAGCCUGAAUAUCAUGUAAUAGAGGACCCUUAAUGUUGACAAUGGUAUGUAUUUGCAGACAUUUUUGCUACAAUCCAGUGUGUUAAAUGGGUGGGUCAGUCAGAGGAAGUUUGAAGCCUUAAGGGGCAGUUCAAGUAACAAAAUGAAGUAAAGUGAUUUCUGAAUUACAAAAUUGGGCAUUUUUAGGUACAGUUAUUUAACUAUGGUAUGGGUGAUAAGUUGGCCAAGUAUUAUGUUGUCUGAGACAGCAGUCCAGCUUCUUUGUCAAAUGUUCUACCUAAUAUUUUAUACUUUUCAAAGAGUCUGUGCAUUUUCAAAGCACUUAGGUUCCCUGCUUCACAGGGUCCCCACAUCCAGGUUAAACCAUUUCACAAGAGUUUAAAUCCUGUAUGCAUAUUAUGUACACCUUGCACAUGUACUUAAAAUGUCUUUCUAUGCAGAUUUAUCAGGAGAACAUUCUCGAAUCCUGAAGUAUCCUGAUAUUAGUGGAGCAAGGGUGCUGCAUGAUACAAUAUCCUUACAUUUUGAUUACUGAAUACUAACUUUCAAGAAAUUUAUAGUGUGCGAUGGACAAAAAGAAUAUAUUUGAUUAUAGUUUUAAUAUACAAUUUAGAUUGAGCGCAUCAACGAGAUAUUAGAAAAUAUAAAUAUAUUACUAAUGACAUGUUUUUUUUACAUUCUAUACAACAUUUUAACGGUAAUUUUCUAUACUUUAUUUUUGUAAAGGAUGAGAUGCAUGUACAUUUUUACAUAACCAAAGGAACACUACUGUAUUUGCAUGGCAAUUAGGGAGUGCUUCAGCCUGUCACAACAAACUUAAGAGUAGUACAAUUGUGAAUCAAAAUAUGACUGUUAAAAUUCCCAAACUGUGCUUCUGAAUGAUUUUUUUUCCUUACACCAAGAAUCUCUAGAAAAGACAGCCUUAAAGGGUAAAACUUAAUCUCAAAAGAAGCUGAGGUGCCUUUCGUGGUCACCCCAAGAGGCAGGAAAUCAGGUCGUAUUAGAAUUGAUUAAAUAUUUAUUGUUUUAUUUUCAGUCAAGGCUGGCUGGGAGUCUCGACUCUCAAUUUUCCUCAAAAGUGUUGUUGGGAAACUCUCCCUGCUCUGUACAUUGCUUGUUUUUUGUUUUAUCUCUUGACUGCCAAUGUUUGAACACUAUAGCAUGUUAACUCUGUAAUAGGUUUAAUUUUGCCCUCUUCUCCUUUAAAACACAUUUUGUUGUUUGUAAUUUUCUCAAAGGGUCAUGCCCUAUAAGUUCUCUCAAGUUAUGCUCUUCAUAAUCAUUGUUUUACUGUAGCUUUGUGAAUACGUUUUGUGUUAAGCACUCUUCUUUUUCACUGAUUUUAUUACUGGUGCUAGGGCUGUCUCAGAGUACACCAUGAUCACCAUGAUGCAAUGGGUAUUUUAUUUACCAAGGUUACUAAGAGUUACCUGCCUAAGCACAAAAUGUAAUUUGAUGUUCAUUCAGAAAUUAGCAGACAAUAAUUAGUCCAUUUUAUCUUUUCAUUGUUUCUCCUUUAAUAGAUAUAUAUCAAAUAUUUCUCCAGAUUAAUGGUAUAAAAAUUAAAAACAAUUUAAAGUGCAUGGAUUUUUUUUUUUAUUAGGACAUUUUAGGAAAAUGUGCAAUUGAUUGUUUAGAAAACCUUUGCAGAAAAAUUGCCUAUCUACUGCAUAAAAUCAGGCAGGUGUAAUGUUUUACAUAUAUUUUUUCCUUUUUAAAGUAGAUUAUGUUAACCCCCAUGUGUAAUGCAUAUAAUGAGUAAUAGCCCUUUUUGACAGCAUUUUAAUCAUUUCAAAGGGUUUCUAAUUUUCUUUUCUGUGGGUGGGUGGGGCUUAAUGUGCAGAAGCCAAUAAGGUUCAUGACUUUGUUUAUAGUUUUUCACCCUAAUCCUAACCCUCGCCUGACCAGAUGUUUUUAAUUUUUACAAAAUAUAAAGUCAGUCGGAAAUAACAGAAGACAUUAAUUCAAUAAACUCAAUAAACCA